AUGUCUGGACGUUGCAAAGGAGGCAAGGGUCUCGGAAAGGGAGGCGCCAAGCGUCACCGUAAGGUGCUUCGCGACAACAUCCAGGGCAUCACCAAGCCCGCCAUCCGUCGUCUGGCUCGCCGAGGCGGCGUCAAGCGCAUCUCCGGCCUCAUCUACGAGGAGACCCGAGGUGUUCUCAAGGUCUUCCUGGAGAACGUGAUCCGCGACGCAGUGACCUACACCGAGCAUGCCAAGCGCAAGACCGUCACAGCCAUGGACGUUGUCUACGCUCUCAAACGCCAAGGCCGCACCCUCUACGGCUUCGGUGGCUAAAUGAUCCGACUGACUUAUCAUCGCAAGCAAACCCCGGCCCUUUUCAGGGCCACCCAAAUGUCUUAGAAAGAGCUGUAUUUUUCUCACAACAAU